GGUUGGACGUUGUUAGAGUCAGGCAGUGUGUGCCCCAUGAAGACGCAUUCGAAAUUUUGAAACUUCAUACGUAGUGCGAUCAUCAUCGACGUCGGACUAGAUCGCUUGUAGUCUUUCUUUGCUGCCGCCUGGUGUUUGGUUGUUUUAUUUUUUUUCUUAAAUUUUUUUUUUAUUUCGAUAAAUCGUUUUAUUUUUCAAUAAGUGCUCAAUGUCUCAUAAAGAUUUGAAUAAACAAUUAAAUGAGAGCAGUUUAAAAAAAAAAAUUUCUUUGUCUCUUUUUGGAAAAAUUAUUACUAUACGCUCGAUGCUUUAUCGGUCAGUGAUCUUGCUGAUGAUCGUGUUUUAUUUCUACUUGCUGCCCGAGAGAAAAUAUUUGGAUUAUAUGUUUUCGUAAUAUUUGGAAAUUACUUUUUUCGUGUGCGGUGUUAACUAUUUUAAGCUAAUUUUACGGUUCACUAUCUCUUGCGUGCUAAGAGAGAAACUAUUUGUUUUGUUUGGAUUGAUUGAAAAAAAGUUUCAUGUACCUACCUAGAUAAAUUGAAUUAAAGAUUAAAUGUGGUGUAUGCAAGUCUAUCAAGUCUUAUAGUAAUAUAAAUGAAAAUAUUCGCUCCCAGCCAACAAAAAGAGAGAGAAAAAGUGAGAGAGAGAUAACAAGUAGAUACAAACACAAUAUUGAAGGGGAAAAAACGAGUGAAAAUAAUUCAGAAAAGUACAAAAAGUUGUUUAUGGAAAUUUAUUAGAGCGGAAAAAAAAACAUACAGUUAAGUGAUCUUCGCGAUCUUUUUUUUUUCUUGAAAAUAUGUUUAUUUAUUUUUCUGAUAAGUGCUGAUUUUUGUGCAGGUUCUUAUUUAGUUUGUGCAUUUGAACGGCUUAUGAUAAUACAAGACAAUUCGCCGCAAAUACUCUUUUUUUUGUUUUGUUUUGUUUAAACCAAAAGCUUUCUUAUUUUUCUUUUUGUUCCGGUCGAAAGAAAAUUAAUGUUUUGUUUGUUAUAUCCUUAGUUUUUAUUAUUUUUGCUAUUGGUUAUAUUAUGUGAUUUGAAAAACAAAAUUUAAAAGCGUAAGCAUCAUAAUAUUCCACAUGAAAGAUAUCAGUAGCAAAUUUUGCUUGUGCAAUGAUUAUAUCGAAAGAUCUCUUCAUUUUUGGUGAACAAUUUUUAGCAUCGUUAAUUGAGAGCGGAAGUGAAAACCUAUCAAGUAGUGGUUCUGUCGCCACCGAUCACAAGUUACUGCAGAUAGAAGACGAAGAAACAGAUAUCAUCAACAUUUCACCUACAGAUACAAGCAUCAUUGUGGCGGCGAUCACAGAGGAAGAGCUGGCGGUUACAACGGAAGUUGGUGAUCCAACAAAACAACAUUUGUUGGUGGAAAAGGUGCCGCGCAUCGUGGUCAAAGGAGGUAGAAUCGGAGGAGGAGGAGGCGUAGCAGCAGCAACACCACCAGGGGCAGUUGAAAUCAAUAUGGGAAAAGUCGUGCUGGGAGCAAACACAAGGAGUGAUCAUGCUAUGGUCACCUUUCCUUUUAUAUCAGAGCAACAUCGAGCACUUCAACUAACAUUUCAAAAUAUAAAUGUUCUGCACAACGAUAAAAAAAUUCUAGCUGACGUCAGUGGAAUGGUAAGCCCCGGGGAAGUUCUGGCAAUUAUGGGUCCAUCAGGAUGUGGAAAAACAACCCUACUCGACAGUCUUAGUGGUCAACGGCAUAUUGAAAGUGGUUGUAUCUAUUUAAAUCGCGAGACUAUAUCAAAGAAAUGGCGUCGGAAAAUCUGUUAUGUUCAGCAAGAAGAAGUUUUCUUUGCUGGACUGACUCUUCGAGAAACAAUAGUUUAUACAGCACUGCUGCGUUUACCUGAAAAAAUUCCAUAUGAUGAUAAAAUUAAAUUAGUAGAUAGAGUCCUUGAGGCUCUUGAGCUUACGAAUUGUCAACAAACUAAAUUUGGAGAUUAUAUGAACAGAGGACUCUCUGGCGGGGAAAAGAAAAGAGCUAGCAUAGCUUGUGAGUUACUGACAAACCCUCUGUUGAUGCUUCUUGAUGAACCUACUUCUGGUCUUGAUAGUUAUUCAGCGAUUUCUCUGAUGAAAGUACUAAAAAGAUACGCCAUUCAGGAGCAAAAAACUGUUGUCAUCACUGUUCACCAACCAUCAUCACAAAUGUUUCACAUGUUCGAUAAAUUACUUCUUUUGUACAAUGGAAGGACAGCUUAUUUUGGUGAAGUGAAGAAUAUAUUCAGUUAUUUUGAAGGUAUCGGAGUCACAAUUAAGCCACAUUAUAACCCUGCCGAUUUUGUGUUGGAACAAAUAAAAUCCUAUCCAGAUAUUAGAGAGAAACUAUUUAUCGCGGCUCGAGAAUCUCAUGGGAACUUCUUGAACCGCAAUUGCAUCACAGCUAAUACUGAAUACACAAACAAAAAUCAUGAUACUCUGAUCAACGACAUAAUAAAUAAUUAUUAUAAGGAUAUUAAAAAUAAUCACAAUAAUGAACUGAAUCACGAGGAUGCACAACAUCUUUGGGCUGCAGCAGAUUUACAAUCAAAUUUCAGUUCCGCAUCGAGUGAAUACCAUGAAAUGAUGCACAAUUGGUUGGACUAUCCGACGAGGUUUCAUACCCAGUUUCGGGUAUUGUCGAGUCGAAAUUUCAAAGAAGCAAAACCUCGGAUGUUAUCGAAACUUAAUUGGUUGCAAACCAUUGGAUUGGGCUUAAUGGCGGGUGCCAUAUGGUUUCAAAUUCCAAGGACUGAAGAGUUUUUGCAUGAUUUGCAAGGAUGGAUGUUUUUCUCGCAAACAUAUUGGAUGUUGUUUGCGCUUUUUGGUGCCCUUAAUUCAUUCCCUUCUGAACGUGAAGUUAUUAGCAAAGAAAGGCGCUCUGGAGCAUACAGAUUAUCAGCUUAUUAUCUAGCCAAAAUGUUCGGUGAACUGCCAUUAAUAAUUACUCUUCCUACAGUGUACCUGCUUAUCAGCUACCCUAUGCUUGGUUGUUCGAGUCUCAAGCUUUUCUUCUUGAUGUUGGUAUUUUUACUGCUCAAUACAAUUGUGGCUCAAAGUGUUGGAUUUUUCAUAGGUGCAUGUUGCAUGGAUAUGAAUGUCAGCAUAACUUUGAGUGCUUUAUAUACACUAGCUACACAACUUUUUGGGGGGUACUUAUCGUCGAGGAUACCACCUGGCCUCAGCUGGAUACGAUACACGUCGAUGAUACACUAUGCAUAUCAAAAUAUGCAAAUUCUGGAAUUUGGAGAGGGCCCGGCGAUAAGAUGUGGCAAUCCUAGCAGCUAUGAAGUGUGCAAACACAAUAGUACCGAAUACAUUCCAUACGAAGAUAUUCUGAAUGCACAGAACUCAAAUUGUCCUCUGUGGUUAAAUACUAUGGUGUUGAUAGUGUUUUUUAUUGUGUUCCGUACUUUAGGUUAUUCAGUUUUGCGCUAUGUACGAUGUCCAAAAUCGUGAUAAAAUUUUACAUUCUUUACAAACGUAUUUUAAAGAAUGUUUAAAUCAAAAUUUUAUAUUAAUAUCACGGGUCCUGCCCAGAAACUCGUUUUUAAAAACAAAAAAAAAAUUGUUCGCCAUUUGCUGUAAUUACUUUAUUCCUUAUUUUAAUUUUAUUCUAAGCGUCCUAUUAUCUGAUGUAAGUUAAUAAACUGGUGUUCACAUUCUUUGUAGAUAUAAUAUGAAAUAUUAUCAUAUUAACUAUUUAAAUACAUAAUUCGUCAUCUGAUCACAUCUUAAACAAAAUAAAAUUAUCAAAGCACUUUAAACCCAACAAAAUGACAAUAUGAUAAUUUAAAUUAAACAAAAUAUAAAACUAU